CCACUCAUUUUUUGGUCUCUUAUUUUCAUCUCCCCUGUGCCCCAAGGGCAGCGUUAUCUGAUUCUCUCUCCCCAUUCACUCCUUCAAGACCAUGGCGUCGCAGCUUGCUGCUGCUACUCCUUCGCUGCUUUGGCGCUUGCGGCUCUCCACACGGAGGCGAGGUCGGCUGUCCUGCCUCCCUUAUCUUGCGCAGCAGGGAGCUCCUGUCCUCGGAUCUGCGACUACAGUUCUACCUUCUCCCUGCUUUCCAACGCAUGGCGUGGGGUAAGGGAGGUUGCUGCUGCAGCGGCGAAGCUUGAAGCUAAGCUUGGGGGUCGCGGUGGAAGAAGACGGUGGCUUCGGCGAGCUUCCUGAACUCGCCUCAUUUGUCUCGACGUUUCUGGUGCGUUGGCCUACCCAUCCUCCGGAUCUCGGCUUGGCAGUGGCACAUCUACCCAGACUGGGACCGGGUGUCGCCCUCUGAACGCCGGUGGAGGCAAGACGUGAGGUGCAGCAACGACGCGCCGGCGGCGGCGUGCACGCCCGAGAACCUGCACGGGCGCCCAGGUCUGGCUUAACGGGCCGAUCUACGCGCCCGGGCCAUUUACCAGGUAGGAGGCCCAAUCCAUUGCACGGUCCGGGUUUGCGGGUGAGACCCGAUCCGACGGCUAAUAUUGUGUACUGUGGGAAUCCGAUGGUUACCGGGUUAACGGGUGACGUGGAUCGGGUCUCUGCCCGUGGAAUAGUACAGUUUUCGUAGGUAGAAGAUUAAAGUUUAGUCAAACGCCAACGCUUCUCGUCUUCCUCCUGCCUUCUCUCGUUCUCCUCUUCGUCCUCGCCCAACUCAAUCCCUCCUCUUUACCAUUUGGCAAAUCACCACCCGAAUCUACUGAGAAAAAACUCCCGCUUUUUUUGCGCGCUUCGAUCCGAACCUCCCCCCCCCCAGCUCGGAGUUCUCAACAAGAUUUCACGGAACCGGAGCUGGAGCAUCUCCUUCCUACUUUCCUGCAACCUUCCUGCGAUGUCGCAGCAAUUAGCGGCCCAAAUCCGCACUUCAUGAGCAGCUGUUGAGUUAGGUGGGAUGGGAUUCCCGGGUUAGCGUAUCCUUCAGUUGUAUCGCGACAGAUUGAACCCAAUCGAUUGCUGGAGGCCAGGAGUUCAGCAGCUCUUGCCUCUUGGAGUACCUGCGAAUAGAAGCGAUCCAGAGAUUGGAGCUGUUGGUCCUGUCGCGCCAUGGCGCUGUUCCGAAAGUUUUUCUACAAGAAGCCGCCCGAUGGGCUGCUCCUCAUCACGGACAACAUAUACGUUUUUGAUCAUUGCUUCUCCAUGAAAGAGAUGGAAGAUGACCAUUUUGAAGCUCAUAUUAGAGGCAUUGCAGCAGAUCUCCUGGAAAAUUUUCGUGAUCACUCAUUCAUGAUCUCAAAUUUUGGGACUAGGAAGGAAGAAAGCCCUAUAUGCCACAUUUUAUCUGAAUAUGGUAUGACUUUAUUGGACUACCCUGGUCACUAUGAGGGAUGCCCACUCCUCACCAUGGAAAUGAUUCACUGCAUCUUGAAGUCCAGCGAAAGCUGGCUUUCCUUGGGUCAGCAUAACUUACUGCUAAUGCACUGUGAAAAAGGGAGUUGGUCUGUUCUGGCUUUCAUGUUAGCUGCUCAUCUAAUAUACCUGGGGCAGUAUUCCGAUGAGCAGAAAACACUGGAUAUGCUCUACAAACAAUCAUCUUUGGAACUUUUAGAAAUGUUUUCACCUCUGAAUCCCAUGCCUUCUCAAAUAAGAUAUUUGCGCUAUAUCUCAACGAGGAAUGUCAUGCCUGAGUGGCCUCCAGCUGAUAGAGCCCUCACAUUAGAUUGUGUUAUUUUGAGGAUGAUUCCAAAUUUUCAAGGUCAAGGUGGUUUCCGUCCAAUAUUCAGGAUAUAUGGCCCAGAUCCACUCAUGCCCCCUGAUCAGACUCCAAAAGUUCUUUUUUCAACUCCAAAGAAAAGCAACCUUGUCCGUUUUUACUCACAGGCAGAUGAACUGGUGAAAAUAAACCUUCAAUGUCAUGUCCAAGGAGAUGUUGUCCUAGAGUGUAUCAAUUUGUAUGAGGAUCUGGAUCGUGAGGAGAUGGUCUUCCGGAUCAUGUUCAAUACAGCAUUCAUCCGGUCGAACAUCUUGAUGCUUAACCGUGAUCAUGUAGACAUGUUAUGGAAUGCAAAAGACCAAUUCCCUAAAGAUUUUCGGUUUGAGGUUAUCUUUUCCGAUAUGGACGCAGUUACUUCACAUGUCACAACUGAGCCUGUUAUUCAUCAAGAGAAACAAGGACUUGGGGUUGAAGAAUUUGCUAAGGUCCUAGAUAUCUUUAACCAUUUAGACUGGUUGGAUGGGAAGAGAGAUACUGUACCUCACACAACCCAGCUAAAGAUCUCAGCCGUUACUGAUGGCCCUGAGCUAAAGAUCUCAGCCGUUACUGAUGGCCCUGAGACUUUCUUUGAUACUCGAGAAGAACUUGAGUCUGAAAUUUUACCUGUUGAAAUUAAUUCUUCUACUGUUGUUCUGAAGCUCGGAAAUGAAUUGGCUACGCUUGUCAGCACGGAACCAAGACAUAUUCGCCUAGAUUCAAGUUCAGCUAAUGUUAAAUCCGAAUCAAAUACUACAACACUAUCUCCUUUGCGAACAGGACCUAAGACCAGUGCUCCAUCAAUGGAAUUAUCUUCAAGUGCAGUCAUGCAACAACGAUCAUCUUCACCUAUUCAGCCUCGGCGACUGAUGUCUGACUCCGCAGUCCAAAUAUCAGAAUCAGUAUCAGCUGAGAAGUCUGGUUCACAAACUCCAGUUGAGCAUUCAACUUCACCUCUGAUGGCAAAUAAAUCAGCAUCAACAGCAUCGCUUAUACCCUUAUGCACACCUCCUCCUCUUCCUCCCCCUCCACCCACUGUCUCAUUACUCCCUGUUCCCGCUAAGUUACCCAAAAAUACUAGCACAAGUACCAUCAAUAUCUCCCUUAGAGAAACCGUGUGCCCCUCUACACCUUCUUCAGAACCAUCAGUCCCUCCUCAAGGUUUGUCAAGAACUGGACAGCUUGUUAAGUCACAAGAACCGUCUAAUGAAAUUCGUGGGAAGUUACAAUCUGAUAGUGCUUCAGGUCCUAGCAUUUUCGUGUUGCCGUCCUCUUCUUCAUUGUCACUGGAUAAGGAAUUAAGCAGUACAAGAGCAUCUCUCCCAGUGGAUUUGCCUGCAUUACGUCAGACUUCAGACACUACACUUUUAGCAAUACCAGAGACAAGAUCAGAUACUACGCUGCUGCCGCCGCCGCCGCCACCACCACCACCUCCACCUCUUCCAAAAUCAGGCAUGGUACUGUUUCCUAUCUCACAGAGUGAAGAGGUAACAAUCACUAUAGAAAAAGUCGUACCACCACCUCCUCCACCUCCACCUCCACCACCACCACCACCACCAUUUUCAAAUUCAAACCCAUAUACAGUAUCUCCAAUUCCAUCUUCACAAAAGAGAGCCCAACCUCCAAUGCCCCAGGCCCCAGCAUUGGCAAAAACAUCGUUUUCGUCUCCACAGCCACCGCCACCGCCACCACCUCCGCCUACUCCGCUGCUUAAUAACACUGACGGCUCAUCUCAACUGCAGUUACUAGAUAAAAAGGAUAGUGCAACGUCAAAAUAUCCAGGCACACUAUCUUCGACACCUAAGUUUUUACAAACACAAAGUGUUCCGCGGCUGCAAACACUGCCUGUUCCACCUCCACCACCUCCUCCAUCUAAAACACGGCCUGUUCCACCUCCACCACCUCCUCCAUCUCGAGCAUCACAUGUUCCACCUCCACCACCACCUCCUUCUCAUACACCGCCUGUUCCACCUCCACCACCUCCCCCUUCACAAAGUUUUCCAUCCAUAAGUAAGAGAAAUGAUGUGGCAGCCACUCAUCGACCUCCGCCUCCCCCACCAUUGCCAUCCCAUGUUACUUCUUCACCGCCAGUGCCCCCUGCACCCCCAUUACCUCCUCCUAAGCUAGCUGUGGCCAACAAUGCUUCACAGAAGUCAUCAACAAUCCGACCACCACCACCUCCACCAGGCCCCAAUCCUAAGGUUUCAGCACAUUCUUUACCUAGUAAGGGAAGUGUUAUCAGUUCUAACCCUCCCCCACCUCCGGCAUUUUCAUUUGGUGCAAAGGACCGUAGCACAGCUCGCUCAAAAAGCCCUAGAAGUUUACGUGCCAGCCAGUCAUCUAAGAGGACUCCACUGAAACCAUUGCACUGGGUGAAAGUAUCAAGAGCGACACAGGGAAGUUUAUGGGCUGAAACACAGAAGUCUGAUGAAGCAUCUAGGGCUCCAGAGAUUGAUAUUUCUGAGCUUGAAAGUCUUUUCUCUGUAAUGAUGCCAAAUAUGGAGGCAAAACGACAGCGACAACAUCCUUCUGUCACAACAAAACAAGAAAAAGUUCAUCUGAUUGACCUUCAACGCUCAAAGAAUUGUGAAAUUAUGCUGAGAAAUAUCAAGAUGCCACUGCCUGAUCUAAUGGGUUCAGUGCUUGGCCUUGAUGAUUCCAUAGUUGAUGGUGAUCAAGUAGAUUACUUGAUAAAGUUCUGUCCAACUAAGGAAGAAAUGGAACUUCUCAAGGGUUAUACAGGCAAAAAGGAGAACCUAGGGAACUGUGAACAGUUCUUCAUGGAAAUGAUGAAAGUACCUAGGGUGGAGUCAAAACUGAGAAUCUUAUCAUUUAAGAUUAAGUUUGUUACACAGGUUGCAGACCUAAAAACUAGUUUGAAUACCAUCAAUUCUGUUGCUGAAGAGGUUAGGAGCUCUGUCAAGCUUAAGCGAGUGAUGCAAACUAUUCUUUCUUUGGGGAACGCAUUAAACCAAGGAACUGCUAGGGGUGCAGCUGUUGGAUUUAGACUGGAUAGUCUUCUUAAGCUCAGUGAUAUACGGGCACGUAAUAACAGGAUGACUCUCAUGCAUUAUUUAUGCAAGAUUCUUUCGGACAAGCUUCCUGAAGUUCUUGACUUCAACAGGGAUCUUGCACACUUAGAACCUGCCUCAAAGAUACAACUUAAGGAGCUGGCAGAAGAAAUGCAAGCAAUAACUAAAGGAUUGGAAAAAGUCGAGCAGGAGCUAUCAAUAUCUGAAAAAGAUCCUCCAGAGACAGAGAUAUUUUACAAGAAAUUGAAGGAAUUCCUUGCUGAUGCCCAAGCUGAAGGAAGGUCAUUAGCUUUGCUUUACAGCACUGCGGGGAAAAGUGCUGAUUCCCUAGCACAUUAUUUCGGUGAAGAUCCUGUGCGGUGUCCUUUCGAGCAAGUUGUCUCAACAUUGCUAAGCUUCGUGAGAACUUUUGAGCGUGCCCACGCUGAGAACGUUAAACAGAUGGAGCUGGAGAAGAAACGAGCCCAAACGGAAGCAGAAAAAGAAAAGGCCAAGCUUGCUGCUCACAAGAAGGGGGAAUCGCAGGAGCCUGGAAAUUCAGAUCGUUGACUCACCGUCUCGCAUCUGGAUAGCAUGCGUUUCACUAAUUCCCUGCCACUAGAACACCUAAGAUCUGUGGCAGAAAGUUUUGUAGCACUCCUUCAGCUAGUAUGACAAGGGAGAUAGGUGGAAUUGAUGCUGUGUAGUCCUAAUACGAGAGUUCACUCAAUUAGUGAUCUGAGGUGCAGUAAUCUUUUUGUUCUUAAUGUAAAUAGGAGUUCCAGAUCUGUUGUCACUGUGUCACUGUAAAUAAAGGUCCCUCAAACACCUUAAGUGUACAAAGGGAGGUGCACUUUCCUGGUUACCUUGGGCUAAUCCCCCUGUUAUAAUAAAUUGGUAAUCAUGUGUCCAUACAUGUAAAAUGUGUACAUUCUCCAUGUCCUGAUGCUUGUGUACAGAACGAAGCAACAUUGUCACUAGAAA